GCCUGUUAUAAAACAGUUGUGAGGUAAAGUCUAUAAACUGGACAGUUUGGUAGACUUGGGUCAGUUUACUCAUCAGCACUGAGAGGAAACACACACAUUUGAGAGGAAAGAGAUUUGAUUGAUUCUGAACUUAAAGAGAUUCACGCCUGAAGGUUCAUUCUCCACCUGUGAAAUAUCACACUAAGAACACCUGACAACAUGUCUGCAGGCACCGUCAGCACACCUGAGUUUCACACAGGUGACACUCUGCUCAGCAGCUCAGCUGUUUACUCCAUCAUGAAGUUCAUUGGUGAAGGGGUCUUUGGCAAAGUGGCCAAGUGUUGGAGACGGGACACCAAAGAGAUCGUGGUGGUCAAAAUCCUGAAGGAUGACCCUGAUUUGCCCCAGGACUCUGAGACUGAGGAGUCCAUCUUAAACCUGGUCUCUGUCCUGAACCCAGACACCCAUAACCUGGUGAGGUUCUUUGAGAAGUUCCAGUUCAUGGGACAGACGUGUUUAGCGUUCGAGAUGCUGGACAAGACUCUGUACGACCUGCUCCAGGAAAAUAACUGGAUGCCUCUUUCUCUGUCUGCCAUCCGGCCUAUCGCACAGCAGCUGCUGGUCGCGCUGGACGCCCUGAAGGGUCUGAAUAUCCUUCACAUGGAUAUCAAGCCGGACAAUGUGAUGCUCGUUCACGCGGACCUGCCCAUCAGGGUCAAACUAAUCGACUUUGGUUUAGCCAUUACAGCUGACCAGGUCCAGCGUGGGCUUGUGGUCCAGCCAAUUGGAUUCAGGGCUCCAGAGAUCUCCCUCGGUCUUCCCUACACUGAGGCGAUUGAUGUAUGGGGGGUCGGCUGCAUCCUGGCCUGCCUCUUCCUGGCUGACUACCUCUUCCCUGUGCAUUGUAAAUACCUAAUGAUGAAGUCCAUUGUGGAGAUUCUGGGUCAACCAGGGGACCAGCUGCUCCAAGCCGGGAUGUACACCCGGGGCUUCUUCAUUGAGGAGGAGGAGGCAGCAGCUGAAGGGUCAUCAUGGAGGUUUAUGACACCUGAAGAAUUCACAGCAGCCAAUAACAUCCAGCCAGAGGAGCCGGCCAUACACCCUAACUUCCCGAGCUCUCUGGACGCCCUAGUUUAUAUGUUUCUACCAGAGAGUGACGCUGAGCUGAACGACAGGGUGCUUUUUGUGGAUCUGCUGAAACGUCUGCUGCAUCUGGACGGGGAUCAGAGGAUGACCCCGAGUCAGGCUCUGCAGCACCCGUUUAUUACCAUGGCUGCCCUUGACUCUGGAUCAGAAUUUCUGAUCAACUCCAGAGACAUGAUGGGCAUCAGCCAAAAACCAGACCAGGAGUCAGGCUCUGGUUCCUCUGGUCUAUGUUCUGAUCCCUCUAAUGAUGAUCAACCCUCUUUGUCGUUGGUUGGAGACACAGACCUGGUGGCUGAAUACGAUGGUCUCUCUAAAGGAUCAUCAGAUGGACUAUCUGCCGUCCCCUCCUGUGGAGCAGGUUUAGCGUUCUGGCGGUCUGUAGGAAGACUAAAACUCCUCAGCUCUGAAGAAGAUGUCAGCUUGUCUGAUGGAGAAUUACCUCAGAUCCCCCAUGAACAAAAACCAGACUCUUACCCCUCAGAUGGAGGUCUACCUUCAGGCUCCCCCGAUGGUGAUUCUGCUUCUUUGUCCUCUGACGGAGGAGAACAAUCCGCUGAAGAUGCAGCGACUGCUGGCUCAUCUGAUGGAGGUGUACCUACGCCCCCUGGUGAUGAAGAUGAAGCCUACUUGUCUCCUGAAGGAGCAGCUCAAACAGACUCCUCUGCUGUGGCCUCAGCUUCCUCUGGACGCAUCAAAAAAAUGAGGAAGAGGAUAUGCAGAUUUUUCAGACGAGUGGGAGCCUCUCUUUGUUGUUGCUGCCGAACUGAGGAGUGAUCAGUGUUCAUCUUCUGAUCUACUGAUUAUAAAAAUGUGUUAAGUUUUAUUUGUGUUUACUCUGCUUCAUUUAAAAUAAAAAGUGCUGACUUGAACUGAAA